GCACCCGGUCUCUCUUGCCGUGAAAUGCGCCAGGAUGAAAUCACUAUUCAGGCGUAUGACUCGGCACUCGUCAACAGUGCCAACGGUUGGACCUUUUACGAUGCCCCAUACCAAUCGCAAGCGUCCCUCCAAUGGGGUCGUGAUUCCCUCAACUUUGGUCUCAGCUACGCCCCCAUGGUCAUGUUGACCACCGACUUUAUUCCCGUCACCGUCACCCAAUCUGGAACCGUCGCUGGUCAAUUCUGUCAAUUCGAAGACAAGUCGUAUCGCGCCUCGUUCUCGUAUGCCCAAGGCCAACGUUUCGUGUCGACCGCACCCGCUUCUUCGGACGCCUCUGGUUGCAAUAGUUCUCUAUCGGGAGACUGUGAAAAGUAUGGCACCAACGCAGUCGGCUUUGUCAGUGGCUUCACCUCUCCUCUGUACGGCUCCUUGGUAUGGACCGCCGCUGGUAUCAUCAACAAUGUCUCUGGCCUCUACGAAUUUGAAGACAUUAUCGAGUUUUCCAACGAUACGACGACCAAUACCAUCUCUCUCAUGGUCAAGGUUCCCAGUCUCGGCUCAAGCCUCGAAGAAUUGUUCGCUAAUGCGACGUUGGGCGCCAUGCUAUCGUUCGACCAGACUCAAAUAUCUGGUAUCACGAUUCAAGAGGGCAAUGCCUGGAUUUACGAUCGUCAGACUCUCUGGUACAUUUACGCCCCAGCGCUCGCAUUGGUAUUCCUUUGCAUCCUGUACGGUCUCUAUUGCAGCUGGAACAAUCCCAUCGAGAUGAAACGAGGUUUCAUCGACUUGUUGCUGGCCAUUCGUUCUGAUCAAAAGAAUGUCAAGAACACCAGCACCGCGGCGGUGAACCGUGCUCAGCGAAGGCCCCUCUUUACCCAACAGUCUAGCACCACCCUCGCCGGAAGCACUACGCAAAACAAACAACCCGAAACACCGUCUGAACGCCCUCCUUACUCUAGGUCUAGCUUUAGCCGUGACGGAACCGUUGGAAAUAACUUGUCAGGAUAUCUUUCCGACGAUAGUCUUCCUGACCAGGAUCGAAAUAAUGGUCAAAAGCGCGGUACAGCUGCCAAUGCAUCCAAACCACAACCGGAGGCCCGUGAAUCGAAUG